CAUCAUAGAUUAUGAUGGACUGUCGUGUGCUAAUGCUUGGACCCAACAAGUACGAAAAAUGGCAGAAAUGUACAACCUUGCCGCAAAGAGCGUGAAAUUAGUACAAGCUGAAGGAGCCGGCAGAGAAUCUUUUGGAGCACUUGAUCUUAGCAUUCGGCGAUUAACUUUCUAAAGCAGAAGCACGGCGAAAGUUUGAGAAUUUAAAGUGGCAUCAUAUUUAACAAUUAUCUGUGUAAUUCUAAGAUGAUGUUGGCGAGCAGCAUCAAUAUCGUCGAGGGAAUACCAGCACAAAACUUGCGGGAUCAAGCUCGGAUCCAACGUUUUACAGAUCCGAUGUAAUGCCGGUUUUUAAAGAUUAAAAUGCAAAACCUUUUAAUUGCAAUCCUCGAAGAGUGUCAUAUACGGAAAAAGAAAAGCUUCAACAAUUUCUAGACGAAUAUUUAAAAUUCGGAAUAAUGCACCAGCAGUCUUUCGACUUUUUUUAAGAUGUCUGAAGAGCCGACAACCAGCCCAAAAGCUCACCCAAUUUGUUUUCUCCUUUGAGGAGGAUGAUCCUGUCUUGGAAACCCGGCAACCCCCGACAGUUAACGACCAAUUGGUCCGACCGAGAUUAGCCAAAGAGUUCGGGCAAUAGAAACUGUGUUGGAGGAGAACACGAUGCAGCUGGCGGAGACGGCCGAGAUAAGCCAAAAAAUUCGGUCUUUGGAAACUGUGUUGGAGGCAAACACGAAGCAGCUGGCGGAGACCACAUACCAGGUUGCGAGGAUGACGGCCUUGUUGGAGGUUUUCGUGAAGGGGAAGGCGAAGAAUGUGGCUGUGGAAGUGGCGUUCCCAGUCACAUCGGAAGAAGACCUGGUGGCUUUAGAGCUGAACUUAAGCUCAGGGUCCCAAGAACGCUACAUGGAAUCAAUAACACUAAUCUUAAAGCGUAACAAUUUGCCGAAGGCAAUCAAGGGCGUUUUGUCAGAAAAGCUCUUGUGCGCCUACAACAUAGACGGCUUAAACGGGAAAAAGUCUUUAAAAGCAUUUCCCAAAUUCUUUUCCGUUCUGAUUGAAAGCAUAAGGGGCCGUCCAUAAACCUCGUGACGCUAAUUUUGGGCCAUUAGGGACUGGUACUGAAGUGUAAGCACAGGAACGUAUGAGUGUUUGAAAAUUUUUAAGCGCUUAACAAUGAUCAGCUGUGUUUAUAGCAGCCAACUUUAAUUAGAGAAUGUUAAAACUGACGCUAUGUAAAA